ACUUCACUUUUACCGCCAAUUACCAAUAACCAAAACCGUGCUUAUGUUGCUAAGUCCAGAUAUGUGUUUUUGCUGUUUGAAUUUAAUUCAUUUUAUUUUGUUAAGAGAAAUUCAGUCUGUUAACUGAAUAUCUUGUGAUUUCCAGUGUUUCAUUCAUGUUCUGGUAUAGCAAUAUUAUUCAUUGAUUUUCAUGUAAAUUACAACCACUACUGUACCCUUGGAACUAACCUAUAUUCUAAACUCAAUUUUUAAAGCCAAAUUAAAUGGAAUGUUAUUCAGUUUUUAUUGUGGACGUCAAUAACUACCAAUGUGAUUGAAUGAAAGCGUCAAAAUGGAAGCACAGAAUGGGUUGAGUCUGUUCAAAGACUCGAAUUCUAUGUUUAUCAACAACAGUUUAUUGUUGAGACAGGAGGAGGAGGAUGCUCUUGAAGAAGAAAGACAGCAAAACGAAAAUAUUCUAAAAAAACUAUCAGAAGCAUUUGAUAUUACCAGCGAUGAUGAUGACGAAGAUGAUGAUGAUGAUGAUGACGACGAUGAUGAUGAUGAAUGCUCCAAUACCAGUCAUCAAUCUCAUGUCACGGAUAAAUCAACCAGCUAUGAAGACAAGUCCAGUACCAAGACUUGUGAAUCGAAAUCGUCCCAUAGAAAAGCGGUCGAAAGCAAGCAGGGGCAUCAUAAAAUGAAAACUGUCAGCUGCAGCAGCCGAAAUGAAAGCAACCGGUUCCAUCGCAAACAUAAUCUAUCGAGUGUCUAUGAAGACGAAUCGGACAUAUCAUACAAUAGUAACGAAGCAACGCUGCAAAGCAAAAGAGCAACGCAGCUAAGUAACAAAGCAACGCAACAAAACAAUAAAGCAACUCAGCAAAGCAACAAUUCAAUGCAGAAAAGCAAUAGACGUUCAGUGUCACCACACUACAAACAUUGCACGCAGUCAAUCAACAACAGUGUUGCCAACUCUUCCUCUCGUUCACCGGUGAUUGCCAAGUCCAACAGUGUUGCCAACUCUUCCUCUCGUUCACCGGCAAUUGACAAGUCCAACAGUGUUGCCAACUCUUCACCGGUUGCUUUGCAAAAUAAUUCGGAAGACGCUAGUCAGAAUGAAGCCUACUUGAAAAGCCGAUAUCAGAGUAUGGAUCAAUUGAGUGUACUGUAUGAUGUCCGGUUGAGAGAGGUGGAGAAAUUGAAAAAUUCUCUUUCUCAGGAGCAACAGAAGUGCAAUAUGCUGGAGAGGAAAAUUAUGAUCUUGGAAUCUGAAAAAUCGGGAGCAGAGCUAUCCUACCGCCAAACUCAAGAACUUUUAGUAUCUAGUAAGCAGCAGAUUUCAGCACUGGAAGAGCAAAUAAAGGAAUUGAAAAACGGAUUGGCCAAUUUGGAGAAAAGUAAAACUCAGAAUGAAUCAGAGCUGAUAACAUCGAGAGACAUCAUCAACGAUCUACAAGCAAGAAUUCGCUUCUUGGAGAAGAACGAUCCUAGUCAAGCGGCUGUGAAACAGAUGGAAAGCACUAUUAAAUCGCUGCAGAAUCAGCACAUGCAGGAGGUGGCGUCUCUUCAGCUUCAACUAAAGAAUAAAACUGCCAAACUUGAGGAAAAAGAAGACAGUCUGAAAUCAAUGGAAGGCCGAGUGCUGGAUUUGGAAACGAAGCUGACAACAACACUGGUAGAGAAGUCUGACGCUCUCAACUCUGUGAUGCGAGAUCUCGAAGUCAGUCAGCGUCAGUGUCGCGAACUGAUGGCAUCAUGUGACGUCACACGCUGUGACAUCACACGCCCUCAGUCCCAACAGCAGGGCUCGCUCAAGUGUGACGUCACACGCCACCAGUCCCAAUCCAGUGACGUCACACAUCUCCAAUCCCAACUGCAGGACGCCCUCGCAAAGAACAAGGAACUGAACCGAACGCUCUCGAAACGCGACGCCGAAUGUAACUCGCUACGCGCGGAUCUCGAGCAGGCCGAAACGCUCUCCAAGCUCGCCCUCGACUCGUUCGAUGACUCGACGAUGCACCUCGGCAAGGUGGCUCGGCCAACAUGUGACGCCGCCAUGAUUCAGGCCGACAACUGCAACAAGCUGAAGAGUGAACUGCAUCGCGCGCUGCAGGACAAGCGUGCCAAACGCCAAGAGAUCAAGGAGCUGCGGCAAACGCUGGACAGCAGGAAUUCGCGCAUCAGGCAGAUGGAAGAGCAUGAGAACGCCUACAAAGCUGAGGUCGAGAGAUUGAAGGUUAACAUGCUAAAACUUACUGAAGAAGUGGACAGAAAAUGCAAGGACAGUUUGGAUUCCAGUAAUAAAAGUUGUAUCCUGAAGACGGAAAAAGAAGUGCAGUGCAAUAUAGCAGUAAAUGUUGACACAAACCUACUGGAAAAUUUGAAUAAGCAGCUUUCGAGAGCUGAGGAUGAGAUUGUGUUCCUGAAGAGAGAGAUGGAUAGUAGGGAGGUUGAAUUAAAAACAAUGAAAUGUGUUCUGGAUGAGAGUAAGAGGCAUUCUGGAGAUGGUGAUAGCAGUAUUGAUUUGACUAUUGAACGAAUGAAAAUCAAUGAGAAGAAAAUGAAGCAGGAACUUGAAUCGAAAAUUAUUGAACUCAGGGUUACCAUGGAGCAGAAAGACAAAGAAUGUGAUGACUUGAAAAAAAUGUACAUAGAAUUGAAGGCUGCCAAAGAAAAUGCAAUAAAAACCAUAGAGUCGAACCUCAACACUAGAAUCUCAAAACUAAUGACAGAUCUGGAUUGCUCCACAUCAAAAAUGAAGGAAAUGGAGAUUCAUGCUCAGGAAAUUAAGAACAAAUAUCAGACAACACUAGAAGCGAAAUCCACUCUGCGUUCAAUGCCAACAGAGCGAGUUUAG